UCCCUCCCUCCCUCCCUCCCGGGGCUACGGCGCGCGGGACCGGUCCUCGCCAGCUCCCCGCCGCCGCUCCUCCCGGGAGAAGAGGUCCUUCCCCAGGCGCGACGAUGGAGGCCGGCCCGGACAAGGGUCCCUCCAACGGGGAGGCGGCCCGCAACGGCGAGGUCCCCCGGGGCGGGGCCGGGGACGAGACCGGGCGUCGGGGGCCGUGGGCCCGGCGGAUCCGCCGCUGCCUGCGCGGGAACCUGCUGGUGGUGCUGACGGUGUCCGGCGUGCUGGCCGGAGCGGCCCUGGGGCUGGGCGUCCAGCGGCUGCCGGCGCUCGGCCGGGCCCAGGUCCUCGCCUUCUCCUUCCCCGGGGAGCUGCUGCUGCGGCUGCUGAAGAUGAUCAUCCUGCCCCUCGUGGUCUGCAGCCUGGUCGGGGGCGCCGCCAGCCUGGACCCCGCCGCCCUGGGCCGCCUGGGGGGCUGGGCCAUGCUCUUCUUCCUCCUCACCACGCUGCUGUCCUCCGCCGUCGGGGUCUGCCUGGCCUUCAUCAUCCAGCCCGGGGUCGGCGGCGGGGUCGCCCCGGCCGCCGGGGAGACGGGGCUGCCCGAGACCAAGGAGGUGGUGGACUCCUUCUUGGACCUCAUCAGGAACAUCUUCCCCUCCAACCUGGUCUCCGCUGCCUUCCGCUCGUACGCCACCAGCUACAUAAACGUGACCAUCCAGCGGAACCUCAGCACACAGCUCGGUGAGGUGGACGGGACCUGGGAGAAGGUGCCAGUGGGCGCGGAGGUGGAAGGCAUGAACAUCCUGGGCCUGGUGGUCUUCGCCAUUGUGUUUGGCGUGGCCCUGCGCAAGCUGGGCCCGGAGGGGGAGCUGCUCAUCCGUUUCUUCAACUCCUUCAAUGAGGCCACCAUGGUGCUGGUGUCCUGGAUCAUGUGGUACGCACCCUUGGGCAUCAUGUUCCUGGUGGCGGGCAAGAUCGUGGAGAUGGAAGACGUGGGCAAGCUGUUUGCCAGCCUGGGCAAGUACAUCUGCUGUUGCGUGGUGGGCCACAUGGUGCACGGGUUGGUCCUGCUGCCGCUCAUCUACUUCAUCUUCACACGCAAGAAUCCCUACCGCUUCCUGUUGGGUACCAUCCCUGCCCUGGCCACCGCCUUUGGGACUUCCUCCAGCUCGGCCACACUGCCCCUGAUGAUGAAGUGCGUGGAGGAGAACAACGGGGUGUCGAAGCACAUCAGCCGUUUCAUCCUGCCCAUCGGGGCCACCGUGAACAUGGAUGGGGCCGCCCUCUUCCAGUGCGUGGCCGCGGUCUUCAUCGCCCAGCUCAACAGUCGCCCGCUUGACUUCAUCCAGGUCAUCACCAUCUUGGUCACGGCCACCGCGUCCAGCGUGGGGGCAGCGGGCAUCCCGGCCGGAGGGGUCCUCACCCUGGCCAUCAUCCUGGAGGCAGUCAGCCUGCCAACCAAUGACAUCUCCCUCAUCCUGGCCGUGGACUGGCUCGUUGACCGGACGUGCACCAUCAUCAACGUGGAGGGGGACGCGUUCGGUGCCGGCCUGCUGCAGAGUUACGUGGACCGCAUGGAGGCCGCCGCCCCGUCCCUCGAGCUGGCCGAGGUCAAGACGGAAGCUCCGGCCCCUACCCCGCUGGAGGAGGAUCACCUCCUCCCGAAGACCCUCCCCACUGACAAGGAAUCGGUCAUGUAGUCACCCCCGGGGCAGUCGGGGCCUCGGACACUGGGAUGGACCGCUGCUGGGGCCAUGGCGGCCUUCCGCCCCCUCUCCCCACUGGACCCCCUUGACCCUCCAGGGACUCCAGGGACCCCCCCCCCCCACAACAACCAGCCCCGUGGGCCGGGCCCUGCUGCCGGAGGGCUGGGGCCCAGGGAUGGGCUGAGAGCGACCUCGAACCCUGCCCUGCCCACCCCCAGUGCCCAUGUGUACGCGUGGUUGUGGGGGUGGUGCGUGCCCUUCCUGUCUUCCUCCAGCCCAGAGGCAGGGGCACAGGUGUGUGUGAGUGUGCGUGUGUCUGUGUGUUUAGGUACGUGCCCGUCGGUGUGUGUUUUUUGUCCCCUUCUACUGCCCUUUGGGCCACAGGGGUCUGGGAUGGCCCCCAAACGUGUCCAGAGAGGAUAUGUGUAAUUUAAUUGACUGUUCAUGGUGACAAUAAAGAAGUAGGAUUGUGCA